UUCCUCUUUGGUCACCCAAAUUAAACCCAAUUUCUCCUCCAAACUCUUGAAAAUCAAAUUGUUAUUCAGAUUUACUCUCUGUCUCUUCUACCAUCACUACUACUUCUCUCUCAACAAAGGGUUUCAUGAUGGGAAGGUUUGACAAUCUCCCGAAAGAUAUCAUACUCGACAUAUUGACUAGGUUACCAACCGAAUGUGUUCUAGACUCCAAAUUGGUUUGCAAACGGUGGAGGGAUGUUGUUCAUCUUCCACCAUUCUCUAAAAUUCACCUGGAUCAUCUGAAAUCUGCUGCUAAUGAUUCUGGUAAGUUGAGUUUUCUUUUCACUUUUUAUGAUCAAGGGAUUAAAGAAAUUUUCUAUGCUGAGUAUGAUGAGAAAUGUCAUGAGAAACCCCUCACUAGAAAAACAAGCAUUAAUUUUGACCCACCAGUUAGGUACAAUUAUUAUUCUGUCUGUUCCUGUGAUGGUUUACUUUGCUUUACUGGAUUGUUUAACGGAGGCAAACGUGCUCGAUUGCAUUAUGGACCUACUUGUAUUUGUAAUCCAAUCACUAGAGAGUAUGUUAUCCUUCCAGAUUAUGAAGGAAAGUAUAGGUGGUAUGGAUUUGGUUACGUUGUUUCGACCAAUGAGUACAAGGUCGUUCGGAUAUCUGAGUCUGGGGGAGACUCGAAUGUUGGCAUUAUUCAGGUAAACACCCUUGGAAGUGGCAUUGGAUGGAGAAAUGCGGGAAUGUUGGACAUUAAUAUGAAAUAUGUUAGAAAAGGUGAUGGUGCGUUCGCAGGUGAAGCUCUUCAUUGGGUGGACACGAAAAGAACCAUUAUUCUUGCUUUCAGUUUGGUUGAUGAAAAGUUUAGUGAACUUCCAUCACCACCACCUUCUUUGGCACGAGCUAGUGUUCCAUAUUUAGAUGUUAAACUAGGGGUUUCAGGUGAUUUUCUAAGUGCUACUUAUUAUAAUGCCAGUGAUUCUGACUUAUGGUUUUUUAAGAAGAAUAAAGAUAAUAGUGACUUGAGCUGGAGUAAAGAGUUUGGUUUCAGGAGUCAUAUAUUACCACCAUUUGAGUUUACGAAGAGUGGCAGGCUUCUGUGUCAUGAGAAUGAAAACAUUUAUACUUAUGAUCCAAAAGCUUCAUUUACUAAACUGGAUGUCAGUUCUGGCAAGGCUGUCUCUGAUGCAAUUCCUUACAAGAAUACUUUGGUUUCAUUGAAAGUAUUAGGUGAAAAGGAUGUAAAAACAAUGGAAUGAUGUGAUAGAGGAAGUUCAACUGAGGAGACACAAAACAGUGACAAACUGAAGAAGCCGCAAAAGAAGCAAGAGAUCUCUAGGUAUUGAAAACUGGAGCGUUUUCGGCUGAUAAGAACUGGUAAUGUGGCUUCUGGGAUGUCCACCCCUCAGGAUGGUUGCUAAAGAAUUUUAACAGCCUGACUCAGGUCCGUAUAUGGAGAUUGGUCAGGAUGAGCUUCAACAGUAUCCAGUGGUAUUGUUACUUUCAUGUCUUCUCGACCUGAGCAGCUUACUUUCUUCUGUAAAUACUUCCACCUACAUGCAGCUAUUCUGAAAAGUUGGCAUCUUUUUACCAAGGCUGAGCAACCUCACAGAACCUUCUAUACGGCAAAAAAAAACUCAGCUAAAACUUUGUAUUUGUCAGGGAGGUUGCCUGCAACAUCUUGAGCCUUGUUACCUUCACAUCUUCGUUUAAAGAUAAGGCAACUUCUCUGUAUUCCUUUGGAGUAGGAACUGCAAGUUUACUCUAAGGAAUUACUGCUCUCGACAAGUUCUGCACUUUUACCUUCCAUUCUUCGAAACAGUGCCCGAGAUUUUCCUGAGAAGAGUAUACCACUUAGACAACAAGCUCUAUCAUACCUGACAGAGUUUCUGAGUUAGACUAAUUUACACUGAUUUCUGAGUCAUUUCAUUACUGGUUUCUUAAAAUAGAACUUGAAAACCUUCCUAACCAGGAAAAGAAUCAGACUCAAACAUUCAAUAACCAAAUUUUUUUCCUUUUUCAUUAGUAACAACAUUCACACUUCAGAGUUUGGUCUUGAAUUUUCAGUUACUCAAUUGUCUAUGUACACGAAACAAAUCUCUUAAAUUCAAUAAAUACGAAAAAUUUCAAAUGAAUCCGAGU